UUGGAGCACUGAGCUCCUCUGGACACACACAAUUUACUGUUAAUAACUGAAAUUCAAAGAAAAGUUUCAGACUAACAGGUUUGGGCUUACCCAGAUAGCAGUGCUGGAGAGUGAAUGAAGAUGGGGUGUUCUUUUCAAAUCACUGGAAUUCCAAAUGAACAGGAUAAGAUGUGGACAAGAAUCUCUUUCCUAAUUUUUACUUUUUCUGUACUAAUCCAUGAUUCUGUCCUUGUAACAGGAAGAGAAGAGGUUUUACACAUCUCCCCGACAGCUCCUGUUGUGAGUGUGGGUGCGUCGGUGGAAUUGGUCUGUCAGACUCAGUGCCCAAACAGCCAGCCCAACUGGGAGAAGACCAUCGACUCUGCUCCUGGAAAAAUUACCUCUCACCCAUUGAAGGCAGUUCUCCGAAUCGACAAAGUGCUGGAGUCGUAUGAGGAUGACUACAAAUGUACCACGAUGUGCAGAGGAAAGUUCUACUCCAAGGAUGUUUACUUAGCAGUUUAUUCAUUCCCACAUAAUCCCACCGUGGAACUGAUGUCACCUAAUCCAGUGGCUGGGCAAACAGUGACCCUCAGAUGUUCUGGACAAAAUCUUUACCCCUGCCAUAAGGUCAAGGUUUAUUGGUAUCAGGGCCGUGAGCCGCUCCCUGACCCUGAGGAGCCAACAGUGACAAGAAAUGACCACCUGUGUAACACGGUCUCUCAUCGAAACUACACAACAACCAGCAAGGACCGAGACCUCACCUUCGCCUGUGAGAUUCGCCUGGGACUACCCACAGCUGGAUUCCAAAGCAAGUACAGCUCACUGGAGAUCCACCUGAACUCUGGACUUUACGAUGUCUGGAUUGAGCCAGUCCAGACGGUGGAGCUUGCUGGGAGACCUCUCUCUCUGUCCUGUGGUGCGGGAAGUAGCAAUGUCCCUACAAUUACCUGGAGGAAAGCGGACUCAGGGAGCAUGGCCCCUUCCCACUGGAACAUCAGCCAGGGGACCAGAUAUUCAACACUCUACAUGGAAGAGCUAGAGGCUGGAGACAGAGGAGUUUAUAUCUGUGAAAUCAGCGAUGGUGAAAGCCACACCCAACGUCAGAGCUCAGUAGAAGUUUGGUACAGACCUCUGGAUGUCUCCAUCGAGGGAGGGGGCAGUGCCAGGGAGAGCGAGACGCUGGUGUUAACCUGCCAGGGAGAUGCCAACCCCGAAGCCAACAUCACGUGGGGGAGGAGAGAGGCCGGGGGUGAGCAGCUGCGGUGGAACAUCUCCAUGUCCCGGGGAAAGUCGGAGCUGAGAAUCGAUUCCCUGAGGCGUGAUGACCACGGGCUUUAUGAGUGUGUGGUGGAGAAUCCACUGGGGACAGUGAGGCUGGAGGCUCACCUCAAUGUGGAAUAUGGACCUCGGGAUGUCUCCAUCGAGGGAGGGGGCAGUGCCAGGGAGAGUGAGACGCUGGUUUUAACCUGCCAGGGAGAUGCUAACCCCGAAGCCAACAUCACGUGGGGGAGGAGAGAGGCCGGGGGUGAGCAGCUGCGGUGGAACAUCUCCAAGUCCCGGGGAAAGUCGGAGCUGAGAAUCGAUUCCCUGAGGCGUGAUGACCACGGGCUUUAUGAGUGUGUGGUGGAGAAUCCACUGGGGACAGUGAGGCUGGAGGCUCACCUCGAUGUGGAAUACGGACCUCGGGAUGUCUCCAUCGAGGGAGGGGGCAGUGCCAGGGAGAGUGAGACGCUGGUGUUAACCUGCCAGGGAGAUGCCAAUCCCGAAGCCAACAUCACGUGGGGGAGGAGAGAGGCCGGGGGUGAGCAGCUGCGGUGGAACAUCUCCAAGUCCCGGGGAAAGUCGGAGCUGAGAAUCGAUUCCCUGAGGCGUGAUGACCACGGGCUUUAUGAGUGUGUGGUGGAGAAUCCACUGGGGACAGUGAGGCUGGAGGCUCACCUCAAUGUGGAAUACGGACCUCGGGAUGUCUCCAUCGAGGGAGGGGGCAGUGCCAGGGAGAGCGAGACGCUGGUGUUAACCUGCCAGGGAGAUGCCAACCCCGAAGCCAACAUCACGUGGGGGAGGAGAGAGGCCGGGGGUGAGCAGCUGCGGUGGAACAUCUCCAAGUCCCGGGGAAAGUCGGAGCUGAGAAUCGAUUCCCUGAGGCGUGAUGACCACGGGCUUUAUGAGUGUGUGGUGGAGAAUCCACUGGGGACAGUGAGGCUGGAGGCUCACCUCGAUGUGGAAUUUCCAGUGAAGCCUGACCUGGAAGAUGUAAUUCUCGGUCUCUGUGUCCCUCUGGUGAGCUUGCUGGGGAUUGGAAUUCUGAUUUAUUUAAUUCGCAAACGGCUCUUCAAAGACCUCACACAAGGGAAACCUUCAAUGUCAGAGAACAGAUCUUCAAAAGUCCCACCCAGUGCCCCUACACAGUCGAGUCCUACACAGUCGAGUCCUUGCUGAAGUGUUUACACUGUGGCCCCCUGGUGUUCAGGGUGGUGGCCAUGGGUUAGACAACUAUGGUGAAAAUAAUUCACUUCAAUCACAAAAUGCUGAAAAAUAAUCACUGAGCCAUUGAAAUACCAUGCUGAAACAUUCGAAAGGACAAAUGUGUUGUAAAGGUUCUAACUUCUGCAGCGGCACGAUUUCAGUGGUGUACACUGGCUCCCAGUCCAUCAUGAUGUUCAUGUUCAAAACCUGCAUCUUUGUUUUUCAAUUGUUGCAUGGCCUAUCCCUUUUCUGAAACUAUUUUCUGUUUUAUUACCCUCUGGGAUUCUAACUCCCAAACCCCUUCCCAAUCCUGGCCUCAUGCAUAUUCCUGGUUUUAAUUGCUGCAAUCCUGGUGCUGUGCAUUGAGCUGUUAAACUAUUAGGUCUGUAAUUCCAUCCCUUAACCUUUCACCUGUCUCCCUCUCCCUCUCCCUCUCCCUCUCUCUCUUUUCCUUUAAGAUGCUCCAGAAUACUUCAGUCAUUGACUGAGCUCCUGGUCACCUGUCCUAAUAUCACCUGAUGUGGCUCAAUGUGUUGUAUAAUGCUCCCCGUGAAACAUCUUGGGAUGGUUUGCUGCAUUAAAGGCGCUAUAUAAAUGCAAA